GGACAUGAUGUCUCUUAACAGACAUUUAAGUCUUACCAUUAGUCUUAAACAUAUGUGGCCAUUGAAAGAGAAUAGCAUGUGCUAAUGCCUAAUGCAUCUGUGCCACUCAAUCUGCAUUUCAAUCAACUGUUCAAUACUUCCGUGCUCUAUAAAACCGCUAUCACAAACUCAACCAAAUUCAUCACAUAAUCAAUUGUAUUCAAGUGUCUAAGCCUUCCAUCUGCAAAAGUCCUUGUAUUUCAAUAUCAGCAGAGUUUAUCCUGAAUACUACAAAUUUUUUGUUAGCAUCAUGGGUAUCCGUGUUCCUCGUAUCACUAGUCUCAAGCAUAUUCUAAACCGCCAAUCCUCCUCCACAUAUCUUGAUCGUAGUACAAAUGUCCCUAAGGGAUGCAUGGCAGUUUAUGUUGGGGAGAACCAGAGAAGAAGAUUUGUGGUUCCGAUCUCAUACUUAGAUGAGCCUACGUUUCAAGACCUGUUAAGUCAAGCUGAGGAAGAAUUUGGGUUUAGUCAUCCAGAAGGCGGCCUCACAAUACCAUGCAAAGAAGACACCUUCAUUGAUCUCUUGAACAGAUUAUGAGAGUUUAUAUAUAUGUGUACAGAUACAUACAUAGUGAUAUGUUCUUAGAUACUUUACAAAUUUUUUGAACUAGUCCAGACAUUUUAUAUAAGACUG